GUCAAGAGUGAAACUUUGUACUAAAAAAAAAUGAUGCUAAAUGUCGUUCGGAGUCAUUUCGUCAAACACCUUACAUGCAAUAUUCCGGCAACCAAAUUCAUCCGGCGUCUCACUCACCGGCGAUCUCUCAUACCUUCUCUUCCUUCUCCUCAAAAACUCGCCGGAGCAGCAAAGUUGUGUAGUUUUAGUCCGGCACCUGCAACGAGCAUCCCAUUAUCAGCCGAUACAUGUCUCCUCGAAUCUUCAUACCUUUCAGUUAACAUACGAUGCCGACGAGAUCAACUUGAUUCUCUGUCAGAAGCACUUAUAUGCUUUGGUGCAAGUUCGAUAAGUGUAGAUGAACAAGAGAAGGAUGAGGAGGAUGAUGAUGAGGUAUCAUUUUGUUGUAUAUUUGCUGAUAGUGAAGAAGAUGUGGAGAAUUGUGUUUCGAUUGCUGCUGAUUCUAUUGGCUUGAAAGAGAUACCCAAAUUUGAAAUCAUCAAGGGAUAUCAUUCUGACUGGAUAAAGCAAUCUCAGGAAUCAUUUUCUCCUGUAGAAGUUACCAAAGGACUAUGGAUUGUGCCCAAGUGGAUAACUCCCCCGGUUCCUGAAGCUAUGAAUAUACUCUUGAAUCCUGGACUAGCAUUUGGAACUGGAGAACACCCCACAACUAAAUUGUGCCUGUUGUUCCUCCAGCAAUUCAUUAAAGGAGGAGAACGAUUCAUGGACUAUGGAACUGGUUCUGGAAUUCUCGCAAUUGCAGCUCUUAAGUUCGGCGCAGCCUUCUCGGUUGGUUUAGAUAUAGAUCCUGAAGCAAUUACAGUUGCAAACCUCAAUGCCUCGACAAACAAAAUAGCAUCUGAGAAGUUGAAACUGCAACUUGUUGCAUCAUCUACUACAACAUGUUCAAUCUCCGAGAAAUUCGACAUUGUCAUUGCUAACAUACUUUUGAAUCCUUUGCUAGAUUUGGCAGAUGAUAUUGUUUCUUAUGCCAAACCUGGUGGAGUUAUUGCCUUGUCCGGCAUCAUAAAAGAACAGGUACCGGGCAUAGUAACCCGAUACUCAACAUUCUUGGAACAAAUUACUGUAUCGGAGAUUGAUGACUGGGCUCUUGUCAAAGGCAUUAGGACAACAAAAAAUUAAACAA